AUGUUUAAUAUAAAAGUAUUUUUUCGCCGCAAGAUACAUGUGUUGGUGAUCACUCUUAUUAUCGUUGCAUUUAUUCAUCUCACAUCACAGAAGACAGACAAUUUAUCUUCAUCUUCCACCACAAACCAAAAGCAUAGCGAAGAAAAUGUUAUACAGGGAGCCAGACCAGCGCAUGAUCCUCCCGAGCUAGAGGUUCUUGAGCCACAGUCUCCAGAGGAUCUCAAUAGUAACACCGGACUUGAUCGUUCCACAUACCUUUCUAUCAAGGACUACUCAUUUUUCUUCAAAAAUCUUGAUAAGUAUGCCCUCAAGUCUCCAUCCAUCAAAGAUGUUUAUAAAACAAAUAAGGCAGCUGAGAAGUUCUCCAAUGACGAUUCAUUCCUCUUUUCAAAAGAAUAUCUAGAAAAUGUUCUCGAUAUUCCAGACUCCACCUUCAGAGAACUCAAAGAUUCUCAUAAAAGAUACGUCAAUGAAGAAAUUACAAGAGCAACCAAGCAUUUGAGUACCUUUGGUAAUGUUUUGACUACUGAUAUUGAAUGGAAGGAGUAUGCGGGAUCUUCUGGUUACGUUAUAGUUGGUGGUGGGCAAUAUUCGUGGUUGGCGUAUUUGGUAAUUAGGCAGAUUAGAGCAACUGGAGCAAACCUCCCGAUAGAGUUAUUCAUAGCUAAUGAGAAUGAAUAUGAAAAAGACUUUUGUGAAAUUCUUUUGCCUAAAUAUAAUGCCCGCUGUAAUCUUUUCAACACUGAGUUAUCUUCUGAGUUAAAGAAAAAAUUUGGUAUGGGAGGAUUUCAGUAUAAGAUGCUAGCGAUUUUAAGCUCAAAGUUUGAAAACGUGAUAUAUUUGGACUCUGAUAAUUUUCCGACUAAAGAUGUCGAUUAUAUUGUAGAUUCUGAGCUAUAUAAGGAGAAGGGUUUGAUAAUAUGGCCAGAUGCAUGGGCUAGAACUACUAAUCCAAAAUAUUAUGAUAUAGCUGGAAUCGAAGUCAAGGAGAAGAAGAUUAGAUUCUCCAACUAUGAUAAGAAGAGAGCAGAAAAAGAAGGUAAGUCAGAUUCAUUAGAUCUUAGUGAUUAUUCAUUUCAGAACUCUGCGUAUCAUGAUUUUGAAGGUACAUUACCCAACCCAUCUUCAGAAGCUGGUAUGUUGAUCAUAAAUAAAACUUCACACUUGAAAACUUUACUUUUGAGUUUGUACUACAAUGUCUUCGGCCCUAAUUUUUACUAUCCUUUGUUGACUCAAGGUUCUGCUGGAGAGGGAGACAAGGAAACAUUUAUUGCUGCUGCCCACGUCAUGAAGGAGCCCUACUUUCAAAUACUAAAACAAUUUAAAUGGACAGGAUACUUCUCUGAAGAAAACAACGAAUUUAGAUCUAAGGCAUUAGGGCAUUAUGACCCUAUACAGUCAUUAGAUCAGUCUAACAAAGACUCAUCUAUAGUGUUCAUGCACUUGUCUUAUCCAAAAUAUUAUCCGAAUUGGUUGGCAGAUAAUCACGAUCUUAUUUACGAAGGUCUGGGAAACCACAUACGUAUGUAUGCUGAUAUAUAUGACAACGUUGGUUACGAUUUCGACUUGCGUGUUUUACAAUUCUUCACACAGGGCAUUUGCCCCAAUUAUUACGAUGAAGAAGGAGAUGCAAUUGACGGCCAAAAUGACGUUACUAGAAAAACAGAUUACAUGGGAAAUUUUCUCAGCUACGUCAGGAAUGACGAACUGACUGAGGCCGAUCGUUGUCUGAAGAUAUUUAUUCCGCAUUUGAGGUGGCUUAAGGAAACCUCUAAAUACCCUCGCUUAAAUUAA